AUGGACACGGAACAACUAACCUCCUUUGUCUCGGCGUCCGUAGGCGUCGAGGACUUCACCGCGCCGGUCUACGCGGAUCUGCCUACCGCUUUCAUCAACUCACAUUCGGAAUCGCGCUCCCCAUCAGCGACAAGUACAGCGACCGAGCGGCCUGCAGAUCAGAAUCACGACGAGCCCUCCUCUUCCCCAACGAAACCGCCCUCGGUCGAUUCCAACUUUUCGAGCGUCCAAGGAAAGACUGCUGGGACACCACCAGGCCGUGAUGAUGGCGCCGACGUCGACGAGACGGUAAGCUCCAUCUGGGACGAGUCUAUUCAAAACAAGACGCCAACCGCACACGCUCCAGCAGCUCCGGCUUCUCCGGCUGCUCCAGCUGCAAUCCAUCCUUCAUCCUCUACAGACCCUCAGCAGCGUCCAGAUUGGAUGACAGACGACCUGGAUGAAUCAUGGCCAGAAGAACAGGCACUGCCUCAGUCCGCUCCUGCACCACCUGACACAGGUGCCACCUCCAGCAACCUCGACACCUCGUCUGUCACACAAGCCCAGGCUGCUGCCGGCCAUCCGCCUCGCCCACGCUCGCCGAUCCGCUCGGCAGCGCCUCACGACUCAGUCGCGACACCGUCGAUGGCAUCUCGGCCUUCUGGCUCUUCAGCAAUUUUCAGUGCGCUUCCCAACCCUGCCUUCUCGGCGGCGCGUCACCAAGCUCGUCGAGCCUUGCUAAAAGGCAGAUCAUCAGCCGCUGCUGCCCCAACGCCGAGGGCGCAACUGGCUUCAAGCGCUCUUCAAGCCGGUCCAUCGACGCCUUCGCACCGCUUGCGCAGCCAUCAGAACCGCCGCCACCGCCUUCGUGGCUUCAAUGCAGAAAACGAAGAGGGCGACAGCACCAUCUGGUCCGAGUCCGAAUCCGACUCCGACUCUGCUUCCAACGACUCAGCUCCAGACGACUUUGCAAGCGCACGCGGCUCUUUGGCCGAAAACUCGCGCGUCACCAACGUGCAGACCGCCGCUCAGCACUCCACCGUGUGGUUGCAGCAAAAGCAGACUCAGUCACCAACCGCUGGUUCCAAUGCAUCCAGCGCCAAGGGCACGUUCAUCCACAAGGCAGAUGCUUCCUCUUUACCACCCAUCCUCCGCCCCGUAUGGCAAAGUCCUGCCAAAGGACAAGGUGGUCCAAACCGCAAGGGCAUCUCCGCACUUGGCGGCGACAUGUUUACGCCUAUGAAGCUGCAAUCCAUGUUCAAGACGCCGACACCUCCUGACAAGCCAGUACACAAUAUCAUGUCUGCACUCAACCCCUUUACGAUACCGGAUCAACCGUCUGACGGCACUCCACAGGUAUCCUCCAACAGUCCACAAGACAUCGCCUCCUUAGGUCAAGCGUCGGAGCAGCCUCUCUCGUCCGAAUCGGUUGUGGCUUCAAAUCAUACCACGCCUGCUGCCACCACAGAGGAUCCGGCUCCUUCAGACAAAGGCAUCAAUGCUGGCGUGCCAAGCACACCAUUCACCUUCCAGACCCCGCAUGCGCUCGCGCAGGAUCGUCUGCAGGUAUCUCGCGGUAUGGUUCCAUCCCAAUCGCUACAUAACAUGCAGACGCUCCAUCCGAACGGCCUGCAAGCCACAGCGCUUGCACGACCCGCGUCAGCCGCUGCAGACCUCGGACUCCUUUCGGGUCCUCCUACACCCCACACUCCCAUGCGGUUGUUCAAGUUCAACUACGACGACGCCGUCACUCGUGCCAAGCUGGAGGAUAUGGUCAACGACAGAACACCCGCAGCUUCUCAACAUCCUGCCAAAGCAGCCGAGGUUGAACGCGAGCGAAAACGUCUCCGCCUCGACGUGAAGCCGCGCAAGGUUUUGACGGGCGACCUCAUGUCCAUGCCUAUGCUUGGCCAUUCCGGUCAGCCCCAGCCCAGCGAUGAUCUGGUGUCGAGCCAGACCUCUACCUCAACGCGUCAGCCGCUCGUUGACUAUGUCAAGGAAUCCACGGACUUCAUGAGCGCACUCCAGGAUGCUGUUCGAGUGCCAUCGACCGGAGCAGACUCUUCUCCCGAAUGGGCAACAGAGGAGGAAGCCUCCUCAGGUAACACUCAAUCGGCGAGCCCCUUCCAUCAGGGCCAGUCGGUUCACUCACCGGUCUCUUCCGUCACAUCUCCAGCCAGACGCCGUCGUUCUAUUGGCGCGGGCUAUAGAAACCGACUGUCCCAACAAAAGUCACCGGCGCGCGAAGACGUCGCACCAUCUGCAAUUGAACACGAAAGUCCUCAGCGCGUUUCUUCACGCAGGCUACCACCCGACUCCUCCUUCAUUACCGAGUCUAGUUCCAAUGAUAUUCCCAUGUCGUCCACGCUCAAAUCGCGCGCAUCCCUUUCUCGGCGUAUCGCCGCGCUCGCCAAGGAAGCCGAGUCGCCCCGCAAGCUCCUACGUCGCAUCAGCGCCACUGCGAUCGCCGAGGAUGAAGUGCAAGAGGAAUUCGAUGGCCAAGACGCAGCAUCCGGCAAAACUUGGGAGCCAUUCAAGCUUGCAGAGGAGGCCAACGCAUACCGGGAUGAGCAGAUUCGUCAGCUCGAAGAGCGCAUCGCGAGGCGCAGACAGCUCUACACACCUGCCAAGCCAAUGGCUGUGGAGCAAAACUCGGAGCAAGACGAGCCUGCCACGGUGCAGCGGCCUCAACUGAUCACCCUGCACGAGCCCACGCUCGACGCCAUUGCAGCUCAGCGUCGUUCGCACGGCAAUGUCCGUCAUGCAGAUGAAACUGAUCUCGACGACAGCGGCAUAACGGAUGACUUCGGAGCGCAAGAUCAGCAAGAUGGAAACACCCGUCGAUUCCAGGACGGCAUCGUCCUCUACGAUUCGGAGCGCAUCCCCAACCCACCACUCCCGGAUCCAUCUCGAGUGCUCCGCAACAUCGCAUCGGCCGCGGAACUGCGCAACAAGGUACCAGAUCGAGCCUCCAUGGCUCGAGCUUCGUCGUUGUUGGCGCUGCCCACGCAGCCCACUGUGGCUACAAUGGACGUCAAUGACAUGGAACAUCCCGCAAAGCGAGGCGAUCGCACCGCUUCUUCCAACACUCUGGUCGAUCCCAGCAAUGCCAGGACCGUAUCUGGAGACGUCGGCUCGCAGCUCACCAUCACUGAUCUUGGUGGCAAAGGUGCGACGAUCACUAGAACUGGCAGUCUCUUCAACAUCAGUCAGAUUCCCGAACAGGAGAUUGAAAACCUCGGCCGGGGCAAACUCACCUUCAACAAAGGGCUUCAUCGCUGGGAAAAGGUACCUCAAUCUCGCUCGUCGCAGGAAGAUCUGCGUUCGGCCGCAGGUUCUCGAAACGAAGCCAUCGAGGCAAGACCGUUGAGUAGGACUCCCAUCCCUGCCAUCCCGGAAGCGUCUGCGGAGCUGUCGAGGAGCCUCGACGUGUUCUCGGAAUCAGCAGAGGAGCAGCAGGCUCGAGCGCAGUUGGGUGCACGCACCAAUUCGUUCCAGCAGCGCCUUUCGUCCAACAAUGUUAGUGCCGCCGAUGCGCGGCAGAGCGACUCUAGCGAUCCCUUCCGAGAUUUCGAAAGCUUUGGUCAGAGCUCUCACGCUCCCGCUUCGGUAACCGAUGACGUCGGAGAAGAGGAUGAGUCGACGCCAAGACCAGUCAAGUCGCAAAUGUUUGUCUCGAAGCGCGAUUCACGUCAGCUAUAUGGCGCGACGCAAUCCGCUACGACGGCGCCGCAGGCCGUCACGGAUUUGCUCCCCUCAGCCAAUGCAAACUCACCGGAACAAAGCGCAGUUCCUGUAUCAUCCACGCCGGUUCCUGGCCCUAACACCCCUCCAUCCCAACGAGCAACGCCGAAGGGCCUUGCCCCACGCACUUUGCCCAUCAGCACUGUGCCGAGAUCCGGAUCCUCUCUCCGAAACGUGGUCACGUAUAGCCCAGAUUCGACCGUCAGCAGCCGCCAUUCGAGCUUAGAUCCAGCUGCGACCGAAGGUCGAGACGAGCGAGCGAUGUAUCGAUCGGAAUCGCCAACUUAUUUGCAGCGCAAGAACCAAGCUCAACCUGCAGGCAGCAAGCGACCACGCGAAAAUGCAAACAUUAACGUUCACGCGACUCCAGACCGCCGCGCCGCUCACCAACAUCAGCUGGGAACGACCACACCGAGAGCCUCGAUUUCGUCGAUUUCGACACCCAAGUCCAUCCUCAAGCAGCCUGCAGCCUAUCGGAAUGAGGGCGCUGGUCGCUUGAAUGGUGGCUCGCACAACACUUCGAGCAAUUCGGGCGCGGGCGCGGCCACUCCCAAUCGCACGAUUAGCUUCGCCGACCCGCCAUACGCUACGCGUGCGCGUGAUUUGGGUUUGGCUCUGUCGUCGCGAUCUAGGGCCAUCGCAGGCCAUCGAGCUCGAACCGCGCUUGAGACAGGCGAAGACGAGGAUGUGGGUGCAGAGGAUGGACGGACGCAAGCCAUCUCGAGUGCGCUCAAGAUGCUCGCCGACUUGACUCUUGGCGACGAGCCAGGCGUCCUGCCGCCGAGCGCUCUGACACCUUCAAAGAUGCGAGAUUUGAAUGCCAAUCGUUCUCACUGGUCGUAUCGUACCCUUCAGCGGCCACGAAAGACUCGACACAGCGCAGGCGAUGAUGACGAGGAUGUCAGCUGGCAGCAGGACGAAGAGACGUACGACGAGUUGCACGGCUAUCCGGACAUGACCCUUUUGACCGACGCCUCGUUCAACUUUGCCCACGACAAGGUGCUGGAGGCUAUCACCGAUGUCGAGCCAUGGGAGCCAGGCUGGGAUGAACUGCAGACGAUCGAUCUGAGUUGCCGUCGACUCGAAUCCUGCGUUCGCUUGAAGGAGUUCCUUCCGCUGCUUGAAGAAGUGGACCUGCAAACCAACGAGCUGUCGUAUCUGACUGGCAUCCCAGCCUCGGUUCGCGUCCUUAAUGUGGCGCACAAUCGCCUCACCUCGAUGGCCUCGUUCGGACAUUUGCUGCAUCUAGAGGAGCUCGAUAUCAGCGGCAACCAGAUCGACUCGCUGACCCAUCUCAGCUGCCUAAAGCACCUGCACACGCUCAAGGCAGACGGCAAUGCGAUCUCUUCGCUGGAUGGCAUCGACAAGAUCCGCAGCUUGGCCCACGUGAGUCUUUCCGGCAACCGUCUCAAAGGCAUCAAUCUGGCCUCGACGCAGUGGUCAGGCUUGGAGACGCUGGAUGCGUCGCACAACCAACUGAUCUCGAUCCGCGGGCUGUCUCUCAUGCGUCGGCUCAAGUCGCUCAACCUCGACCACAACGAUCUCACCAUGGUCGAUCUGAUGCCGACGAUGCCCAAGCUGCGUGUGCUUCGGGUCAGCGGCAACGUGCAUCUGCAGACGCUCGACGUUGCUCCAGCUAGACGGCUGCGAACGCUGUACGCCGACUACUGCGAUCUGGACCGUAUCGACAACCUGGGCCAGCUGGAGCAUCUCGACAACCUCAGCAUGCGACAGCAGGCGGAAGCCGCCAUCACGUGGCCUGCGGAUCAGUUGCGCGAUAUUCGUCGACUCUUCCUCUCCGGCAAUGCUUUUCCUCAGGGCAUCUCGACCACCAGCGAGGCGCGCAAGCCGAUCGCUUCGUCGCUGACGGCGCAGCCACCGCUGGUGCAGCCGCUGCGCUUCCUGAACCUGGUCUAUCUCGAGCUGUCGGCGUGCCAAUUGAUGCAGCUGCCUGCAGAUCUGGCUCAGGUUGCUCCCAACCUGCGUUCGCUCAAUCUGGAUCACAACCUCAUCUCAACGCUGCCGAGCCUGGAAGGCAUGCAAAGGCUCAAACGACUCAGCCUGGUCGGAUGUCGAGUCAAGAAGAGCAAGUCCAUCAUCACCGCGGUUCGUGGGCUCUCCGAGCUGCAAGUGCUGGACUGUCGUACGAACCCGUGCACGCUCGGUCUGUAUGCGCCCUUGAUCGCACCAUCCGCCUCGCCGACUCAUCGAGGUGAAGACGGGGCGCUGGACACGGAUGCUCUGGCUGCAUCCUGGCUUCCCCCGGUGCCCAAUGCGCAGAUUGUCCAACCUGACCUUGCGGCGAGCGAACGACGACGCGAAGCAGCAGCCCAGCGAGCGCAGAUCGAGCAGCUGGAGAAAUCGCACUUCCACAAACGACGUGCUCCGCUCGCGGACUAUGCCAUCGAUCCCAAUGCGACGCUCGCGAGGGACGCGUUGGACAGAGAGACGGCGAAGCGAGCGGCGAAGGACGGAGCGAGCUACUCGAGCGUUUUCCAGGCAGCGGAUACGAGUCCCGGUGCCGCAUUACGAGCCCAGUCGACGAUGGAAGAUUUCCGUCAUCAACUGGACUUUUGGUGGGAGAGUUCAGUCGACGACGGCCCUGCUGGACUCGGCUACCAUCAACUCAUGCAGACUCACCCAUAUAUUGUGUUAGCCGAGCUCGAGCUCAGUCGACGACGAGCGUUCGAAAAAACCCAUCGUCGUCGCAUCGACUGGGCUCAUCACGGAUCCGACUGGAGAUAUGGAAAUAUGGCGCGACACGGCGGGACCGUCUAG